AUGCAUCCGGAUCCCGGCCGCUUACAGGCACUGCUCUGCAUCGCUGCCGUCGCUCUCCUCUCCGCCGCAAGUUCAGAUUUAACUCCCCGUUUUAGUUCUGAGCCUCUGUCUACCGUCCAGAAGCCUGGUGGACCCGUACAACUCCGCUGCGCUGCUGAGCCCUCCGCAGCUCGCCUUUCUUGGCUGUUUAAUGGGGAACCUCUGGACAGCAAAGCCGGAGAAGUGGAAAUCCGGUCGGGAUCUUUGACAAUCGUCUCCCUCGGCCUGUCAACGUCUGGCCGCUAUCAGUGCGUCGCUAACAGCAGCGUGGGCGCCGUCCGCAGCAGGCCUGCAACGGUAUCGAUGGGCAGUCUGGCUAAUUUCGAGACGUCGGCGCAACCUGCCGUUGCGGCAGAGGAAGGAGGUACGGCUUUCCUUGGCUGCCAAGUGCCAGAAAGUAACCCGAAAGCACAGGUUCGCUUUCAAGUGCGGGGAAAAUGGCUGGAACAAUCGACAGACAACUACCUAAUUCUUCCGUCUGGAAACCUGCAGAUUUUGAAUGUAUCUUUAGAAGACGAAGGAUCCUAUAAAUGUGCGGCGUACAACCCGGUUACUCGGGAGCUCCGAAUAGAACUCGCUGGACGUAAGCUCAUAGUCACGCGUUCUUCCUCAACCGGCUUCCACAUACUUCACCCCCGGACACCCCAGAGCCUGGCGGUGCCCCGGCACAGCCCUCUGACGCUGGAGUGCGUGGUCAGCGGGUCGCCUCCAGCCUCCCUCCGCUGGGUUAAAGACGGCCGGGAGGCGCCGAGAGAAGGCAGGUGGAAACCGCUGCACUCCCAUCUGGUGACGGACAGGCUCGAGACGUCGGACUCUGGAAAUUACUCCUGCGUGGUGGGGAACGAAUCGGGAGCGGUGAAAUACGUUAACUAUUCGCUUACCGUACUUGAACCUGCCUGGAUCUCCAAGGGACUGCAAGACGAAACCGUGGCCGCUGGAGCGACUGCGCAUUUCUGGUGCGACGUCCGGGGAAGCCCCGCUCCGACCCUCACCUGGCUCCACAACGCAGCCCCGCUCCGUCUCUCUCCACGGCAUCUGCCGACGGGAAACCGUCUGCGCAUCCGCGGCGUCACCCCGGAGGACUCCGGUUUGUACCAGUGCGUAGCGGACAACGGACUCGGAGUGGCGCAGUCCACUGGGAGACUUCGUGUCCAGCUGGGCAAAGGCUCUAGGCCAGUUAUAGUCUCUCCCCCAGCAAGCAUCGCUGUGAUGGAUGGUGGGGACGUUACGCUGACUUGCAAUGCCACUGGCCUGCCCGUUCCCGUCAUCCGUUGGUACGACAGCAGAGGACUCAUCACCAGCCAAUCUUCCCCGGUGCUUCGUUCCAAACCUCAGAAACCUCCUCGAGCCACGCCGGGCAGCGCCGUGGCGGAGCCCACCGCCUCUUCCUCCCCGUCUCAAGCGGGCUGGAGCUCCUUGCACGUUAGGAACGCGACUGCCGAGCGCGGCGGGGAGUACACCUGCGAAGCCAUCAACCGGCACGGCUCCGUGGUGUCCAAAGCCUUCCUGACAGUCGUUCCUUUAGAAACCAGCGCGAAAGCGGAAGAGACGUCUCCUGCGGAGGUUGCCCGGAGCGAUGAACGCGACGGCGAUUUGGGGGCAGAAAGAGGGGUUUCCAGCUCGCCUCCCCCCAAACGGCACAUGGAUGCAGCUGCAACGGAAAAAGCCUGGAAUGCCGCCGCUCCCCCCGAAGCCCCCAUCAUCCUCAGCCCCCCGCAGACGCCGAAACCGGCCACGUACAACCUGGUGUGGCGGUCGGGGAGGGACGGGGGUUCGCCCGUCAACGCCUAUUUCGUGAAAUACCGCAAGCUGGACGAUGGCGGCGGCGCGGUGGGAAGCUGGCAGACGGUGCGCGUCCCCGGCAGCGAGAACGAGCUGCGGCUCACCGAGCUGGAGCCUUCCAGCCUGUACGAAGUUUUAAUGGUGGCGAGGAGCGCCGCUGGCGAAGGCCAGCCUGCCAUGCUGACGUUUCGCACCAGCAAAGAGAGAACAUCCUCCUCGAAAAACACUCAGGCUCCCUCUCCGCCACUAGGCGUUCCUAAACAUCCCGUCGUUCACGAAGGGACAAAUAAUUUCGGCGUCGUCCUUCCGGACCCAUCUCGACACAGCGGAGUUCCGGAAGCUCCCGACCGACCCACCAUCUCCACGGCUUCGGAAUCGUCCGUCUACGUCACGUGGAUCCCACGAGCCAACGGCGGCUCCCCCAUCACUGCCUUCAAAGUGGAGUAUAAACGCCUGGGUCGAAACAGCGACUGGCUAAUUGCAGCUGAUAACAUUUCUCCUUCCAAGCUCUCCGUGGAAGUUCGCAACUUGGACCCAGGAGAAAUGUACCGGUUCCGUGUGAUCGCUGUGAACAAUUACGGGGAGAGCCCACGCAGCGCAGCAUCUCGCCCUUACCAAGUGGCCGGAUUCACCAGCCGGUUUUCCAACCGCCCCAUCACCGGACCUCACAUUGCUUAUACCGAAGCCGUCAGCGACACUCAGAUCAUGUUAAAAUGGACGUAUAUUCCGUCGAGCAACAACAACACCCCCAUCCAAGGAUUUUACAUCUAUUACCGCCCUACGGACAGCGACAACGACAGCGACUACAAGAGGGACGUCGUGGAAGGUACGAAGCAAUGGCACCUGAUAAAUCACCUGCAGCCGGAAACCUCGUACGACAUUAAAAUGCAGUGCUAUAACGAAGGCGGCGAAAGCGAGUACAGCAACGUGAUGAUCUGCGAAACCAAAGUGAAACGCGCGCCGGGAGCAUCCGAAGAUCCGGUGAAGGACCUGAGCACGCCACCGAAUCCCCCCGACCGGGUCGGGGGAAGCGGAACUGGUCCUUCCAACGGCCCCGUGCGCAGCGGCGACAUGCUCUACUUGAUUGUGGGCUGCGUCCUCGGGGUGAUGGUCCUCAUCCUCAUCGUUUUCAUCGCCAUGUGCCUCUGGAAGAACCGUCAGCAGAACGCCAUGCAGAAGUACGACCCUCCUGGCUACCUCUACCAAGGGGCAGAUAUCAGCGGGCAAAUGAUGGAGUACGCCGGCUUGCCCGGCACGAGCCGACUCGACGGCGCCAUCCACGGCAACUUCAGAAGCAACGGCGGGCUGAGCAACGGUUGCCCGCACCUCCAUCACAAAAUGGCUAACGGCGUUAACGGCAUCGUCAACGGAGGAGCUGGGCUGUACGCGGGGCACGCCAACUCCCCGUCCGGGACGCGCGGGGACUACGAACAUCCCCACCGUCUUGUCAACGGCGGUGGGAUGUACACAGCGGUGCCGCAAGCCGACCCCUCGGAGUGCAUCAGUUGCCGAAAUUGUCGGAACAAUAACAGGUGCUUCACCAAAAGCGACGGCUCUUUCGGCGCCGCCGCACCCGUCGUCCCCUUCGGAGCGCCACACCAGCGGGACCUUUUGGAGAUGAAACCUCUGAAUCGCCGGGUGGUGGUGACCAUGUGUUUGGCGUCCGCCCUCCCGGAACGCGACGUCCGGCUGGAGGAAAACGACGGCAAAGAGAAAACAGACCAACCUUCCGUCCAGCAUCCCUGCUGUCGGGAAGCCGUAAAUCGGCUCUCCGUGGAUUACGCGGACGGUGAGGACUGCGGCCACUCGGAGACGUCGAACCGCGUCUUGAGCUGGAGCCCCCUCAUUCUGCGGCCUCUUCCGAAGGACUGGAAGGAAAAAGGAGGAUGGAGUUCAUCCGGAGUGGCCUUAAACGCUUCUGGGGACCUUCGGCGGCUGCAGCCGCGGGAAACCUGA